UUGAGACUGGCAUUCGAAGCCCUCAACGCCAAGGACUACAAGCAUGCGAUGGUCCUCGUCAACGAGAGUCUCGUACCACUCGAGGAAGGUCAAGGUAUCUCGAACCCUUCACUCGAGGCCGAAGCCUUGACUCUAAGUGGAUCCUUCAAGUAUCUGAUGCAAGAUCCAGUUGGUGCUAAGGAACAAUUCACCAAAGCUCUGGCGGCCAACCCUGCCUCAAUACACACCUGGUUGAAGAUGGCCAACAUUCACUUGGACCAAAACAACCUAGAAGAGUCCAUGAAAUGCUUCGAAAAGGCAUUGGAGCAUAAUUCCAAGGACCCUGAUAUCUACUAUCACCGGGGCCAAAUCUACUUUGUGAUGAACGAGUUCGUCAAGGCUGCUGAGGACUAUGCGACAUCCACAGAGUUGGACAAAACCUUCGUCUUUAGUCACAUUCAACUCGCCGUCGCGCACUACAAGAGUGGAAGCAUUCAGAAGAGCAUGGUAGAAUUCAGAAGGAUAAUGAAGGAGUUCCCGAAGCACAUCUUGUUGGAUCAAGAGAGGUAUCAAGAUGCCAUCGAGAAGUUCGAGCGCGCUAUCGAACUAGAGAAAGCAAAACCUCCUCCGAUGAAUGUCCUUCCGUUGGUCAAUAAGAGCUUGGCUUUGUUCCAAUGGAAGAAAGAUGGGGCCACUGCGGAGCAAUUCUGCCUCGAGGCGCUCCAGAUUGACCCAUUGUGUGAAGCGGCAUUCGCAACUCUCGGCCAGAUAUACCUUGCUCAGCAGCAAUUUGACAAGGCCUUGGCAAAGUUCCGCGAGCUAACUCAAAUAUCCACCAAUGCACCACAGCUAUCACUCACCUUCUACCACAUCUACUCUACUGAAGCUCAGGUCAAAUUCCUGGCCGAGUACCCAUCUCAUGCCCCACGGUUUGCAUAA